AUGGCUCUGCCUUGGGCAUUAUGGUUACUUCUCUUGGGUUUCCAAGCCCAGGGAGCUCACACAUGGUGUUCUGAAAAGGAUAAACUCUACAUUGAUAAGCCAGUCAGUGACCCUGACAUAGUGAAGUUUGCUGUGAGUGCAUUCAACAGUCAGAACAAGGACGAGUAUGCCUACAGACCGGUUCACAUCAUGGGUUUCUCAAAGGUACAGGAAAAGCUACCAGCAACUUUCCUCGUGAAGCUGAGGCUGAGAAGGACCAUCUGUAAGACAUUCGAGGAUAGCCUGGACACCUGCCCUUUUCAGGAUGACCCUGAACUGGAAAAAACCUUCAUCUGCUCCUUCACCAUCAGCACCCCACGCUCAAAACAGUUCAACAUGUUGAAAAAUACUUGUUCUACUGGGCUUCCCUGA